GUAGGGAAUUAUAUGGCACCACACAAACGCAUAUACACUAUUCAGGGCGUGUGAAGUCGAGAUUUCGUUACUGGGGUAUCAGCGUGUCAGCCUUGAAACUUCGUGUGACGCUGUGUGGUGGGUGAGUGCAGAGCACUGCAGAAAUCCUCAUUUCGGAACAGUAAUCUGCGGUGCGCAGUCGGAAGCGACCCCGGCUCUCGGUGCGGUCUCUCCACUCUGACAGAGCAGACGUGCCUGACUCUCUGACCCUGCCUGAGUGCGUCCAGAAGUCGCUGCUGAAGAAUCGGGAGUACGGACCGCAGUGCUUCUGAAGACUGAGGGAUGCAUGACAGAUUCAGGCUGCGAAAAGCAAAAUAACCCUCUAACACUUUUCCAGGCUAUCAACCGUGGACAAAAACGUAGUUUUCCCUUGGAAGAAAAUGAACAGUUUGAGUUGAGUGGCAUGAAUUUUGUAGGCGCCGAAUAGGAUUGAACUUUAAGCGUAUCAUUAAUAAAUCUUUCUAGAGAGGAGCCAAAUUCCGCCGUAUCCAUCCUUCCUGCAAACACAGAUUGGAAGAGCAGCAGCACGGUGUGCCUUUCCUGCGGUGUGAUUCAGUCCUGCCCCGGAGAUGUCAGUUCACGUCACGGCAAACCGCCCAGACGGCGGGCAGUCGCCACUCGGAGCAGCCGCUCUGGCCACGCCGUGCCCGGGCUGCUGUUGCUGCUGAGCGAAUCGGGUGUCCGAGGUGGGACGGAGGGGACUGGGGUUGCCGGCGUCGGUUCCAUGCAGGCAGCAGGUCAGGAGGAGGCCGGCGGGAGGCCACAGGCGCUCGGCCGGAGCUGGGCGGUCCACACUCGGACCGUGGCGGCGAUGCCAGGAGAAGCAGUGCGGGAGAAGGCAGAGCCCGGGCGGGAAAAGCCGAGGCGUUAGGUCCGGGGUGAAGGUCAAGUCAGGCGACGAGCUUUCCAGUGAAGGCGGGAAAAGGGAGGUGUUGGGAAAAACGGAGGAAGGGGAAACAGGGAGAGAGUAGGGAAAACAGGGAGAAAGUGGGGGAAACGGGAAGGGAGUAGGGGAAAGGAAAGACGAAGUAAAGAGAGGAAGGGGAAAAGGCGGGAAAAGGAGGAAGCAGGAAAAGGGAGGGAGUGGGGGAAAGGGUAAAACGUCGGAAAAGGAGGAAGUGGAAGAACAGGAAAGCGGGAAAAGGAAGGGGGGGGGGGGGUUAGGGAGGGCGAGCAUGAGAAACGGGAGCCUGUGGAAGGAACCGGGAGGAGACAGGGUGCUGGCCGGCCGUGUUUUGACCGGCGCCUUGCUGUCCGCCCUCAUCCUCUUCACGCUCCUGGGCAACGCGCUGGUGUGCGCGGCCGUGCUGCGCUACCAUCACCUCCGCGCCAAAGUCACCAACUUGUUCAUCGUGUCGCUGGCCCUCUCCGACCUGCUGCUCGCCGUGCUGGUCAUGCCGUGGAAAGCGGCGGCCGAGGUGGCGUCCGGCUGGCCGUUCGGCCCCUUCUGCAAGGUCUGGCUGGCGUUCGACAUCAUGUGCUCGACCGCGUCCAUCCUCAACCUGUGCGUCAUCAGCGUGGACCGCUACUGGGCGAUCGCCAGCCCGUUCCGGUACGAGCGCCGCAUGAGUCGCCGCCUAGCGCUGCUGGUGGUCGCACUGACCUGGGCACUCGCCGUGCUCGUUUCCUUCGUGCCCGUGCAGCUGGACUGGCACACGGCCCCGGCCCCCCGCAGCAGCAGCGCCGGCCCGAGACCGCCCCCCCGCGGGCAGCGCCCGCCCGCCAACUGUGACUCCAGCCUGAACCGGGCGUACGCCAUCUCGUCGUCGCUCAUCAGCUUCUACAUCCCGGUGGCCAUCAUGCUGGUCACCUACGGACGCAUCUACCGGAUCGCCCGCGUCCAGAUCCGCCGCAUCGCGGCCCUCGAGAGGGCGGCUCAGCACGCCCGCAGCUGCCGCCUCGACUGCCAGGAGCAGCACCGCUCGCUGCACAGCACCUUCUACAAGGAGACCAAGGUGCUCAAGACCCUAUCGGUCAUCAUGGGCGUCUUCGUCUGCUGCUGGCUGCCCUUCUUCGUCCUCAACUGCCUGGUGCCGUUCUGCGACCGCCGCUCGCCCUCCCCGCCGUGCGUCAGCGAGACCACCUUCGACGUCUUCGUCUGGUUCGGCUGGGCCAACUCGGCCCUCAACCCGGUGGUGUACGCCUUCAACGCCGAGUUCCGCCAGGCCUUCGCGGGCCUGCUGGGCUGCACGCGCGUGUGCUGCCCGCCAACCGCCGGCCGCGUGCUCAGCGCCAACGUCAGCAACGAGCUGGUCUCCUACCACCAGGAGACGGCGCUGCAGCGCGAGGUCGCCGGCGCCUGCGCCGACAUGAUCCCCAACGCGGUGCAGCGGCCGCCCGCUGCCUUCGACAGCGUGUCGCAGAUCUCCGUCGCCGCGGUGGAGGAUGACGAGGACGAAGAGGAGGACGAGCCGGCCACCGACUCAGCAGCCGAGCUGGGCCUGACCUUGUGCAAAAUAGCAGCCUUCACUCCGAACGGAGUGCACUGACCGCGGCAAAAUCCACUGGGAUCUAUCUGUCGAUCAGUUUGGAUUGGGAGCCAUGGCAGGUGUGGGCCCCUUUCCCCACCAAAGGACAGGGUAGAGACCAUCGAUUGAAGUGACAAGCGGGAAUGCCGUCCGUAGGCAGAACAUUGACAAACCAUCAUUAAACCUCCCAGAAUAAAUGUAAACGAGACAGAUGUUUCCGUACUGGCAAAAAGUAGAGUGUAAGUGGCUUUUCACUACCUGUCCCGUUCAGUUGACAAGAUCUUUUGCAAUUGCGGGGAAUUUUUGUGUCACUUGGCGCCCGGGUAAUUGAUAUCCGGGCAACUGUCUUGCUUUACUCGACCCCUUCAUCGUGAUGGAUCCAGGAAUUCCAAAGACUGUCCUCGGAGACAAAGUAGCCCAGACUCAGUUUCCUUCCUAGAAAUCCGAUAAACUUCUUUGAUAAUCAGAUAUCCAGGUCAUGUACAUUUGGGAAUGGUGGCCAGUGAUCAGAUCUGUUGAAGUAUUUUAAUGACUGCAAGAUAGCAAUUCUGUUGUAACAAUAUUUUUUCAUGCUUUGACAGCAGUUCGCUAAUUUAUUUUAAUUUAUGUAAAUAAAGUUUUCCUAUACCAAAUCCGAUGUAAUUUGAAUGAUGAUGAAACGCGCCUCUUGUAUUUUUUUCCUGUUCCUCGUUCAGUAGUAGUAACCUUCCAGUACCUUGCCCAAGUGCCUAUUGUGCAUGAGCGAGGCCAGAGGGUGAACGUUCGUACGUUAAUCAAUGGGGAUGAGGAAGGUUGGCUCACUCACACUCAUCCGAUGUUCUCACAGACAUUUUCCAGCAAGAAACAUCGUAAAGAAAAUGGGGGAGGGAGCAGAAGGUCAAGGGCGUUGAGUCCAAUUGUACCGUCUCUUUUGCCAGUCUAACGCAGUGCAGAUUUGGGAUUUAAUCUCACUCUGUCUGACAAGCACGUACUAUCCAAGGGCAAUAAGUCACGGCUACUUGCUGCCUGUGUGAACUGGUCCGCCCAAGCAUCCAUACACUUGACGGUGAUAAGAAAAAAAAUGUAAUUAUAUACUCCUAGUAUGCACUAUAGCCACAUUCCAAGAGAAAAUAUUAAACGUUACAUGUUCCCAGCUCAAUUUUGCACUCUUUAAAAUUAAUGAGCGGAAGUCUGUUUAGAAUUUGCCAAAUGCUCUCCUUAUUUGGGUAAUUUGCAAAUCUUCUUUAUCUGAGCUUUUGAAACACUGUUUUACAUGCUGGUUGGGAAUAACAUUGGUGGGCACCUGUUCAUACUUAAAAUUCAGUAUUAUGAAUAACAUUAUAUUUCCCCAAUAGGGCAAUUUUACAAGAAAAAUAAGUUGUCAUAGAAUGUUGCAUUACUGAAUGAUGCCAUUCAGUCCACUGCGCCAAGGCUAGAUCAUCGGUAGAGCUUUCAAAAUAGUGCCAUUCUUUCCCCAUAAUAGUAAGAUUUUCUUGUGUUAGUAAAACAACUAUAGCACAGGGUUAGAUUCUUCACUCUAUAUUGAAAAUCUCCUGUAAAAUUAUGUUUGCUUCUCACUCGAAGAAAAUGAAAGCACAUGUUUAAUGAUAUAAUGAAUAUAUAAAAUAACAAAGAACAUGAACUUCUUUUCGCAACUCAGUUCCUUCUAAUAAUUUUUAGUACAAUUCUGUUCAGAGAUAUACAAAGUUACCUUUUAAAUCUUCUCCCAAGUUAGAGGAAGAAGUCAAGGUUUUGUUCCUAACAACAAAAGCAUCUCAAAACAAUGCAAAAUAUUUAUUUUAAAUUACAGAUGUACUUAUGAAAAAAAAUUAUGUGGUAAUUCCUAACUUAUAUUAAAACUAGCUGUCAUUUUAAUGUCUUUCAAACAACAUUUGAAGUGCAACAAAGUCAAAAUUUUAUUUUUCUUCAACAUUUUGUUCUGACGUCUCCAACGUUUACAUAAGUAUUAAAUUCCUUCACAAAUGUCUUAUUAUCAUACCUUUAUCUUAUGAGCAGCUAUUAUAGUGCCAAACAUUUUCCUCUUCAAUAAAUCCUUAACUCUAUAAUUAUCCCAACUCCAAAAAUAUCAAAACUGCUAUUGCUUUACUGGGUUGGAUGAGGAUGUUCUUCCAUCGCCUCUUUCACGUUGAAUAGGAUAUAAGCAAGAGUUUGUCCUGUAAUAGACAAUUGCUGUCUUAUUCGUAGCUUUUAAGCUUCCUCUGUUCACUCCAUUUUUUUGUCUCUUACGUUCCUAUCAGUGCAUUCUGAGACAUUAUCCUCACAUUUCCAAGUUGCAGAUACAUCAUUCUACAUUCCCUUUUUGCUCCCACCAUCUCCAUUAUAUUAAAAACAAAGUUCAUUGUCCCUUCCAACUGUAACAAUCUGUUUUACCAGGACCUCAAAACUUUAGAAUUCCAUUCUUUGUUCAGUCUUCCAUUCCACUUAUACUCAGUAGACUUUUGAAAUUAAAGUUUGAUGUCACCAGAUCGCCGAUCCUAAUUGGUCCUUAGCUUCACUUAUACCCUCUUCAAACUUGAGGCUGUGUCAUACUGUGGACCAUACACCCUUUCUUUGGAACUUGAAUAAAGUAAUUCCUAAGUGUUUUAUUAAUAUUUGCUGAUCACGAGGACAUUUCUGUUGCAGGCGAUCUCUUUAUCUCUUAAAUAAGCCUGUAAUAAAUGAAUAUGUUACAAGAUUCUCAUAUAGCCAUAAAGCAGAGAGAACACUUUGGAAGAAAUACCAUCUAGCUUAUACAGAACCUUUUCAAAUACAGAGUUUACCACAUUUGGUGUAGCAAAUUCAGUUGACACUUAAUGGAAGUUACAAAGUUUACAAAUCCUGACAUUACUAGAUGUGAUUUCCUUUCUCAAGUCGGGAAAUAUAGCUGUUAAACAUAGAAAUUGCACAGAACACAAUGCUUACCCAAUUUGUAUGAAAUGACUGGCAUUUUAAGAGAAGCAUUGUUUUCUUCUUAAACUAACAUCUCGGACACUAAUUUUGUACAAAUAUGCUAAGUGUUUACAUUCUAAUACCAUAUUGUAAUUUAUAUUUAUAUGUAACAGCUUAUGUAUAAUAAAUAUCAAGUUGAACAUAAUAAGAUUGAAAUUGUAAAAAAUAGUGAUGUAUUUGGUUGUAUAAUUCAAGAGUAUUGUAUGUGUGCGUCGAUAAAAAGUCAACAAUUACAUUUUCUUGGUGUACAAGGAAUAAUAAAAUACC